AUGACAACAGGCAUAUCCCAGCAAUUGGGUCUCGACUCAGUUCUGGCGCACUUAGUUCGAGGAAUGCUAUGCCAUCCUACUAAUUUUAUUCUGAUACCUGCAACGAUUUUCUUGCUUCUCAGUUAUCCUACAUUACAUGCGCUCUAUUCUUCGCCGUUGACAUUUUGGGGAACUGUUCUGAGCGACUCGCAGUAUAUAAAGGGUAUAUGCAUAGAUGAGGUCAAUUGCACAGACUUCAAAGCUGAUUCGGUAGACUUUAUAUACCACAGAGUUUGGAUUCAGCCGUCCAGCGAGGUUAACUCGCUCACAAACAGGACGUUUCUCGCCACUGCUUUGGAUAUCCAGACGGAAUUGCUGACGGGGUUGCAUAGAGAAGGUUCUUCUUCGGAUGGGUUCAACGCUACAGAUCUUCCGUCUAUUCACCUACACUCUCCACUUGAUUCGUGGCACUCUAAUGCCUCUUUGUUGGCCAAAGAUACCAACAUCCUCAAAACAAUUCAAAAAAGUAGCGUCAACCCGGAGUUGUUCGCUGGUUUGGUUCGAACCGACGAUUUAAUAUGGAGUGCAGAUGCCUUGUGGUUAGUGUUUUGGUACCGCCAAGUCGAUCAGGACCAUAUAGGUCGAAUCUGGAACGAAAACAUCGACCGGGUCAGCAGAUCUGGUAAAUAUAAUGAGACUAUUACUGUUCUUGAUAGUUCUGCAAAUCCCAAGUCUUUUCUCAGACUCGGUUACAGCUUCUGCAGUGUCUUAGAAAAAUCACUUCUUACUAUUCUGCCCGUUGUGUGCCUUAUUUAUACUGGUAUUUCGUUUAGCAACCUGCGAAACCUUAAAUCCAAAGCUGGGUUGUUGUUUGCCUUUGCCGUGGAGACUGCUCUUGCCAUGUUCGGUGCUGCAAGUAUUACGAUUUUUCAGUCGAGAUUUCCCGACAUUCUGGAAUUACCUAUUCCCAUUCUUGUAAGUAUUCCAAUUAUGUUGGGCACAGAGAACCUGUUUAGAGUUGUCUCCGCUGUUUCGCAAAUCUCUGAUGAAUGGAAUGUUCCCACAAGAGCCUAUCAGGCUGCACUGCAUAGUCUACCAAAAACAGUAGAGUCGGUUUUAGCUGUUUGUGUAACCUUCAUGGCUGCGUUACCCUUUGCUAAAACGUCGACAUCACAUGAUCUCUCUUCCAAAUUCCCUUUAACAGACGUCGGUUCGCCUAUGAUCUAG